AUGCUUCGCGGCAGAGGCUCGUGGGUCGGAUUGUUGACCCGGUUGAAACACUAUAGGAUCCGACGUCUCUGCACUAAAGGAGAGAACGGUGGGAAAAAACCGGAGAAAACGGAAUCGAGUGUUGUUGUUGUUUCUCGAUACGAUGAGACGUACAAGAAACUGGAUAAGCUCGAUUUCUUGACGGCUGCGAAGAUCUUGUUCACUGAACCACCCAAGAAGAAUAAGUUUGGGCUUGAUUGGCACGUGGUGCAGUUCAUUAUCGUCUCCUUGCCGUCUCUAGCUGUGUAUCUAGUUGCUCAAUAUGCUCGCCGUAAAAUGAAGAUUAUGGAUGCUGAACUUGGAGAGAAGAACAGAAAAGAAGAAGAAAAGAAAGAGAAAGAAGAAGCUGAUAAGAAGGCGUUAGAAGAAGCAGAAGUGACCAAGUCUCAGGAAGAGCUAAUGGAGAUGAAAAUGAGACUGGGAAAGAUGGAAGAGACGAUAAAAGAGAUUGUUCUGGAAGCAAAGAAGCCUUCAGGGAAUGAUCCAACCAAAACACAAGGCGAUCAAUCUACUAAACUCCCACCAAAAGAAGAAUCUAAAGCGAGCAACGAACAGAAGGACAGUGUACAGAAACCCGGUGAGAAUCGAGCAAAUGUGGAUUCACCCUAGACCUCAGUGAGAUGAUUAGAAAAGAAAGUUAGGUGAUAGGUGAAGAGGAUUGUGCUCCUGUUUGGAACUAAUGUUGUAGUUGCUUUCAUUUUGUUGACUCACUUCAAAGGUUAAACACAAAU